GGCUCGCGCCCGCUCUUGCAAGCAAAACCCCUCCCCCACUCUCAUCGCACCAAUGGACGGCUCCGCAGCGCUCAACGCCGUCACGUCCAUCGGGUCCAACGCCUCGGUCGAGCUCGGCGACUACAUCGCGUGCGUGCACGGCCUCGAGCAGUGCAAGAACUGCGACCUCGACGCCCGCGAGGACAACUCGUUCACCGCUGGCGUCGACCCCGAGCCCAAGCGCGAGUCCGUCCAGGUCGAGUUCAGCAUGAACAAGGACGGCGAGCCCCAGUGCAAGAAGCACAAGAAGGUCGAGUGCUCGCAGUGCUUCAACUUCAAGAAGCAGAUUGUGAAGCUCACCAAGGAGGGCCAGAAGCGCGCCAAGAUCGACGCCAAGAACAACCCCAUCUCGAACCUGCUCGUCUAAAGGGCCGGAGCCCGUCGAGAGAGACGUCCAUCGCUCUCGCCGGCCCCGGUCCUCGUACCCUUCUCGUCCUCGCCCGUCUCGCUCUCUGUCUGUACCUGCCUCGCUUCCUUGUCCUCGUGUCUCUCUCCCUCUCUCUGUGUUCGGAACUUGUGAAUCGAAACAAAGCUGCAGUGCCCU